AUGAUUAAAACUCCCUACGAUACUAUCAUUUCUAAUGCAAUUGACCACUUAAAUGAACGAAAUGCGAUAUUAGAACAAGUCAAAAAAGUUAUAGUUAUGUUUUCAUAUAUUGUUCAGCUGCUUAAAAAGUCUGAAGAUAUCGAAUUUCAUCGAGAGAGUAUGCCACCUCAGAUUUCACAACUUCUUCAUCCAUUACAGGAAUGGUUACGCACAUACAUAGCACACGGUAGCUGUUUUCACGUUGCUAUGGACCAAGUUGAAUCUAUUCUCUUAAAAUCACUCAAUGAAUUUCAACACAAAAUCUUUUACAUGACUACUCACAUUCGAGCAGCUUCAGGAGACUCAAAAGCAAGGCUAGAAAUCGUGGAAAAAGGCUAUACGGAAUUAUAUCAAAAAUAUAUUGAUAAAUGUCAUGAAAUUGAAGCAGAACAAGAUAUAAAUGUUAUCGAUAAACUGAAAUCCGAAUGUUUAGAACUCGAAAAGAAAUGUUAUAAUUCUACAACGAUAUUAGGAAAAUCUAGAAGAAGCUAUUGCUUCGAAAUUGAAGUUUUAUUGACGAACUACGAGACUAUUAUCGAAAAAUUCCAAAAAGUCAUGCAGAACUCCAUAGAUUCCAUAAUAAAAAUUUCGCAAGUCAUUCAUCUCUAUUUUAACAGCAUUAAACUGAAUCGAGAAACAUUGCAAAGUUGUGUAGAUGCUCAGAGAAGGAGCUCUGAUGAGUUAAAACCACGUCCUGUUGGUAAAAAACUCAGUAAAAUUCCAUUUAUUUCGCCAAUUGCCGAAAUAACCUUCAACAUCUUUAAUUACAUCGAUCCUAAAUACAUCUACGAGUCAGCUUUGUCCGCACAGGUCUACGAAGCCAAAGAAACGUAUUCUGCUGAUGAAUACAACGUUUUUAUGAUAAACCCUGGUGAUUACGUAACAUGUAUUGGUAAGAAAGGAAAGAAUAUGAUAGUAGAAAUCGUUGGAUCAGGAUUGAGAGGCGAAGUUCCCAGUGAUAAAUUGGUUAAAACUGAUUUCAAACGAUACCUUGUAAAAUUGAUAGAAUUUUGGGAGGAAAAAGAAGUUAUGUAUCCUGUUGGUUUUGUUCUUUGUGUUUGCAAGCAAACUAAUGAAAGUUUGAUUUGUCUCACUCCAUCUCAAGUUUACGUUAACAUCCCACCUCAUGUCAUAACAGACUAA